CACGCAGUCGCCUCCCCGGGGGCUCCGGGGCCCCUCGCGCCCGCCUCGCCCGCCCGGCCCGCAGGCCCGGCUGCCCGUCACGUGCGCCCAAGUCCUCGCGGCCGGCGGCGCUAUUCCCGCGGUCAAGGCUGUUGAUGGAGAAGUGGGCGGAUGACAGCUGGGACUGUGGUCAUCACCGGGGGCAUCUUGGCGACUGUGAUUCUGCUCUGCAUCAUCGCUGUUCUCUGCUACUGUCGGCUCCAGUACUACUGCUGCAAGAAGGACGAGUCGGAGGAGGACGAGGAGGAGCCCGACUUUGCCGUGCACGCGCACGUGCCGCCCCUGCACUCCAACCGCAGCCUGGUGCUGACCAACGGGCCGGCGCUCUACCCCGCCGCAUCCACCUCCUUCAGCCAGAAGUCCCCGCAGGCCCGAGCCCUCUGCCGCAGCUGCUCCCACUACGAGCCGCCCACCUUCUUCCUGCAGGAGCCGGACGACGACGACGUGGACGAGAGCGUGCACAACGGCGGGGAGCGUGUGGCCUACAGGAGCAUCAGCCAGGAGGACGUGGAGCUGCCGCCCGGGGGCUUUGGGGGCCUGCAGCCACUCAACCCCAACCGCCUGUCGGCCAUGCGUGAGGCCUUCUCCCGCAGCCGCAGCGUCAGCACCGACGUCUGAGCCUCUGACCAGUGGCCGCAGCCUGCGGUCACCCUGCCCUGGGCCGCCCUGAGGCCAUGGCAGGAAGCCUGUGUCGCCCACCCCCGCCCCAGGUCUGACCAGGGCUCUGCAGAGCCGUCCUCCUGUUCACGUCCAGGUCCCCCGGGCCCUCUGGGGGAUAAGGCUCAGUGAACACAGGUGUGGCCACUGUGGGUGGGGACAGCUGGGCUGAAUGGGUGGCAAGCCUGGCCCAGGGACAGGCGAGAGGCAGGGGAGUGAAGAGAGCUUGGGGCUGGGCCUUGGGGCGGGGCCGUUUUCAGGAGGUGUGGGACAGCAGCACAGCCAUCUCUGGCCUUGGGGCCACUCCCACCCUGGCACCCACCCUCUCACUGCUCCGGGAGAGUGGUCUCAGUGGCGCCAGGGCCCUGACUGCAGACAGAGGGCUCUGUGCCUGCAGCCUUCGCUCGCCCCCCCCCCCACUCUCUGGGCUCUGGGUGCAACGCACCUGAGAGGCCCCCGUGCUGAGCUCCCUGCUGCUGGACAGCCUCCCCCACACGAGGGCGAGGCUUGGAACAGCAGGGUCCUUGGCACAGUGGGCACGGGACAGGGAGAUGCUGCUUGAGGGGCUCAACCAUGAACUGACCCAACCAGCAGGCAGAGACCCGAGGCAGGCAGGCAGAGAGGGGCAGAUCUGUGGCCCCUAAUGCACCGCGAGGCUUGGACAGGCCUCCGUAGCUCUGGGCCUGUGUCUCCAUGCCUGUGUGAGGGUGCUGGCCCCAGGGCCCUUCCAUCUCUGGGUCUCCCCAGGAGCCGAGGUCCCCAGGGGAGGCAGAGCUAGGGGCCACCGAGCCUGCAUGUGCUUCCUGCUUGGAGCGAGGCCCAGGCCCGGCCCUACCUGGUGCCCAGAGGGUCCCGCGAAAGAGCUAGCUGCCCCGUGUGGAGGCCUCACUGUGUCUGCGCCCUACAGGCUGCAGCCCAGGCCUCCCUGGGAAUUCUGGCUUCUCCCCUGCCUCCUUGGUGGCUAAGCUGCCUGCACACCACCCCAGGGAAGUGCCCCAGCCAGGGCACUGUCACAGAGCACAGUGCUGCCUGCCAAGAGGCUGUGUGAACCGAGGCAAGAGUCCUCCCCUCAGGCACCCUCUCUCCCUGCCUGGAGCCCGGGAUGGGGCGAGUGCACCCACAAAGCUGCAGAGCCACCAUCCCCAUUCUCUCCCUCCUCCUCGUCCUCCUGCCUGCCCAGUCUGAUGUGCCAGGGGAUUCGCCUCACUGAGUCCAGCUCCCCUCCCUGGCUGGGUCCCCACCAUCAGCGGGGCUGCAGGUACGGCCUGCUCCCUCCCAUCCCCUGCCUGUCUGGCCUCUGCCCUUUCUGUACAGACCCAGAGAUCCCUUUGAAAGGAACUAAGAGUGUGUCCGUCCCAGCUUACCCAAUGCCACAGCCCUGGGGCCCGCGGGGGCCAGGGAGCUCCCAGAGCAAAGCGAGAGCCAAUAAACCUGUUUCC